AUGCAAUCCGGCAUCCUGCACGCCAAAGGCAAAGACUACUGCACUGUCUACUCCUACUUCUUCCAGGCGUUCGAGAAUCUCAGAGCCGCGGGCGUGAAAGGUCCUUCCGCGAAUGGUGGCAAAGUUCAGGAUAAAGAAGGAGGUCGGGGCGAUGGAGACGUCAACGUGCUCCUCACGCUCAAACUCGCCAAUACCUACGCUCAGACAAGAGACGUGCAGAGCAUGCACGCCGUUGCGCGUGCGCAUCGGGGAAGAGAUUUGAAAGAGUUUGGCGAGGUGUUGAGGGAGCAUCGCAAUGAACUCCAAUCCGACCCAACAAUCCCCACACACCUCCCCGAGCUGUACGAGGCGUUCCUCAAAGGUAGCAUCAAGCGCGUUCUCGAGUCCUACUCCAUCGUCAAGAUUGAGUAUCAUGCAGAGUAG